AUGAGCGACAUCCGCACACCUUCGCCACCACUCUCCGCCCGAAGUAUGGCUUCUUUACCGCGGUCGGAAAUUGCCGACGAGGAGCAUCUGUUGAGACAUGCAAAUAUGAAGCUUUGCACAUCGAUAUAUCCAUACACGGCCGACAUGAACGAUGAACUGUCAUUCGAUGAGGGACAGGUCAUACGCGUCGUGCGUCAAGUGGAGGGAGGCUGGUGGGAGGGCCUACUGGGUGAGCGCAUUGGGUGGUUUCCUGCCAACCAUGUUGUUGACCAUCUCGUCACAGCCGAGGAUCGUGACGAGCAGAUGCACGGACUUGAGGUGACGCGGGAGCAGGUGGACAAGCUGAGACUGCAAACAAUCAUGCACAACAAUGAGCAGGAAGAGAGACGAAAGAUCCAGGCGGGCCUGGAGACGCGGGAAGUGGAGCGAAGCAGGAUCUUCGACACAUUCGUCGCUGCGGAAAAGCUCUAUGCCGAUGGUCUAAGAAAAUUUAUAGAUGAAUUUGUUCAACCUCUUCGCGAAGCGAGUUGGUUUCCGCCAGAACACCACAGAGCCAUGUUCGGGAACAUCCAUGAUGUCCUUGAAUACGAGAUUUCGUUCUCUUCAACCGUCGGAACUUCUGAAGCGGGCGUUGCCAGGGCGUUUCUCCACAUGGCGGACCGCUUUCGGGAUGUGUACACGGAGUACUGCGUGGAUCUUUCACAGGCCGUCUCAAUGACGACUCAAUACGUGACCCACACGCAGCUCCUAGAGUUCCUGCAGACCACGAGCGCCGACACCAGUCCUCCCGUUCUGCACUUGGUGUCGAGCCUCCACAAACCCGCGCACUGGAAGAACCGACUUCAGGUCCUCAUGCGCCAGCUGCUGGAAGCGACGAGUAGAGAUCAUAAGGAAUAUGAACUACUCGAGGACGCAUGCGAGAAGCUGGGGGCUAUCUUGCAACACAUUGGCGAUGUAAAACGCAUCGCUGAGACGAGAGAGAUGAUACGAAUCAUCGAGAAGCAGAUUCAUGACUGGGAGGGUCCCAGUUUGGCGUCAUAUGGAGAUCUCCUCCUAUACAGUAACCUCAAGUUGCUAGAAGGAGCACGGAAGAGGGAGCGUCGAUUCUAUCUUUUCGAGAAGCUUCUUAUCAUCGUCAAGCCAGAGGAUCAUGGUAACAUGACGACCAGCCUGAAGCUCAUUGAGAAGGUUUUGAUCGAGAAGAGCGUACUCAUCAACCUGGGGGAUAGCUCGGAAGGAGAUGCAUCCAACCUCUCCUUCCACUUGGCCCAUCAGAGCGAAGAUGGUCGCGUCAGAACCCUUUUGUGUACAGCUUUGAACCCCGAACAGAAGACCCAAUGGGUGAAAGCGAUCACUGACUUGAUACACAAGAACGCACAUCCGAAGGGCUCUCGCGACAUGGAAACCUCCACAGUCGUUUCCGACUUGAAACUGGAAAACAAACCUAUCCGGAACUUGAGAUGGCUGUCCUCUUGGAGUGACAAGAUCCGACGAAAGCGGCCCAGCAUGCCGAACCUGAGGGAGUACGGACGUCCAGAGUCACAUCGCUUGAAGCGCCCGAAAGGAGACUACAAGUCGAUCUCCAUGGCUCAUCUUGGUGCCCAUGAUCGUGAGGAUCUAGUUUCCGAACGAGGUGGUGGGUUGCGGACGAAACCCCCUCUGGCAAGCGACUUGGCGCAUGAGACUGAGAAAUCGGAAAGAAAAUCGUCCCUUCCACAUGCGGAUCAGGAAGAUGGCCCGUCCCACAAAGCCCUUAAGCGAAGUGCGUCCAUUCAUCGCACAUCGGAUUCAACCAGGCCUGUAAUGGAAAUUCAAGGUCCCUCAAUCGAAGGAGUUUGGGGUAGCAUCGGAAAAAGGAGGCGUUUGGCAUCGGACGAAUCCGAGAAACCCUCAAUCCACACUCGCUUGCAUCGCCGCAAUGCAACGAGCUCAUCGACCGCAUCGACACUACGCAAUAGCGCGCACAACUCGGUUGGUGACGAUAAGGCGUCGAUGAUCGUCAGAGAACGCCUGAACUCCCAUUCCUCCGAACAAGUUACUGCCGCAUCCUCCCAAAGUAGCAGCCCUGCCAGCUUUUUGUGGAUGCAGUCUGCGAAUACUUCGUCCUCCUUUCCUUCCCAGCCUGCGAUCCCGACCAGGUCCACGAGCGGAACAUUCGUUUCCUCUCCGCCUGACACACCAAUUCCCGAUGGCGCGCAGGAGCCGCCCGAGGUUCUGGCGCCUAUCGCGAAGCCGAUGCGAACCAGCGUCGUUCAGACUCUUGAAGAAAAGGCCGCAGCAAGCCCGUUACCAAAGAGCCGAACACACAAACGACAUCGACGGCACGAAAGUCAGCCGAUGGUCCGACUAGACCAUGAGCGACCGCUGGACGAUGUCGCGCUAAAGCGGGAGCGCAGCAUACGUCGCUCGUUGCCGCGCGACUUCCCUGCUGCGGCUGAGAGGGAUCGAGCGUAUGAGGAGUUGAUGAAGUCGAUGGGCCGUCAUCUGCCAGAGGCGGAGAACAACCAGAACAGGAACUCGAAGAAAUCUUCAGGCACCUUUUCAACGUCGCAGCGCCAGCCUUCUCCGAUAAGUCAGAGCGAAUCAUCCGUUCAAGUGCCCUCCGUAGUCACGUUACCGAUGCCGACGGACCUUGGAACCGUGAGCAGCGCAGGGGAGACGAUUGAGCACACGGACGAUUUCCCGCUACGACGGGAUUCCUCCUCUGUUCGUGAAUAUCCCGUUCUCUGUACAUCCCAAGUUCCGACACUUCACGUGCGCUCAAGGUCUUCCCACACCUAUGCCGAGUCCAUCGCUCCAAAGUCUCGUCCUUCCCUAGCCCCGUAUUCGCAAGGAGGGUCGCGUCAGUUCCCGUACAGCCUGAGUACGUCGCCCUCAACAUCGACACUCAACUCGAUGGGAAAGUCGGGGUUCCAGCGCAAAUCGUCGAUUGCCAAUUUGGUAACAAAAGUCAGAGGGUCCAUCCGAUCGCUGUUCAAAACGGAACCGGCAGAACCCGUCGUUCUUCCUUCCGUCGUGCACAAUACAUCCCAAUCUGGACCCUAUCUCAAUUCAAAGACCCGGAAGUCUAGUUUUGCUGAUUUGCGGCAACUCUUCAGUAAGGGCAAAGGGAAGGACACCAUCUUGCAAGCUAAUCAAAGCACGCUGUCGGUUGACCGGCACGGCCUACGAUAUCCCGCGGCGACGCUUCCUCGCAGAGCUCUCACGCCCGUGGUCGAAUCUUCGCCACCGAAAAGUUCCGCAAACAGCGCAGCACGUGACCCUCGCCCUUCAAAGGACACCGAGAAUCGAUCGCCUCGCACCAGCAGGUCGCUACCCUCGCUCGCUCGAGAAUGGCCGGUGCAGUCUAGUACCGCCUCUAGAAUACCAACCCCCCCUGCCGGCAGUACCGUUCAGGAGAGUGUGGAACAACAGAGAUCAAUCGUCGGCGGAGAGGCUCCUCAGGAUGGACCAAGGGGAUAUUUGGAUAGCGGCGUGUACGGGUUGACAGGACGAACGAGUGGCGGAGUUGAGAACGAGUACGUGGUCACUGAACAUGGAACCUGGUCGUACAAGUCAGGGCCGGUGCGCACGCAGCGAGAUUUUCUUGUAUCCGAACGCAAGGGAGAUCCAUCCACUUCGGCAGAGGUGUCUCCGAAGGACAUGGGCGGCGGAGAGGCAUCAACGGUGCUGGCAGACUUUCCCAAACCUGUUGCGCCUGUCCCUGUCGAUCAUCACGCACCAACGCCCAUGGAUAAAAAUCCUGCAGAGCAUCCAACACGCAGAGAAUCCCUCCUAGUAGCGCAAGCGCCCGAACUCGCGACCAAGCCUUCAAUCGGUGAAGUUAGUUUUCGGUCAGGGACUAGUUGGAGCACGGCCACGCGAAAACUCAGUCGAAGGUCAUUCCCACCGCCUUAUCUGGAUAGCGACAGCAGCAGUUAUGCGUCGUUUUGCAAAACACCACCCAGACCCAUCCGGCAUAACCGAGUACUGAGACGUGUUAAGAGUAACCUGGGAACGCUGGACCCUGAGUACUCUCGCAAUCUGAGCGCUUUGGUGAAUCCAGGCGCUUGCUCGCAGCAACAGCAGCAGCCGGAGGCAAAUCGCGUCUCGAACGAACCGAGGGGAGCUCAGGUCCCUACGAAGCCACUGCCCACCACCACCCUGCGUGCUCAGACUGACGCACGCAGUACGGACGACGAACAGGUCGACUACGGCCCAAUCAUUGGGCGAUUGGAUGUAGUUCCGAUGCGCGUUUAUGCUGACCUUGUCCGGAAGUUCGACGCCAUGCAGGCAGAGAUUCAGGAGCUGAAGGAUCACGUCAAGGCAGUGGAGCAACAAAUGCAGGCAGCCGGUAGAUCACCCGAAUCCAUAAUGCCCGGCAUAUCUUGA